CCACUGUGCAAUGCAGACAUUUGAAUAUGACAUUAGAUCAACUUUUUACGCAACCCUGAACGGUACUGUCAACGCAUUCAUUGUUUACGUUCAGGCCGGCGCACGUGUAUUCUACACAAAUUAAUAAAAGUGAUUGCCUUACUGUAUUUCGUGUCUCGUAAAACGUCCCCUUAAACGAUGGAAGGUGUCGGGCAACUAUUUGGAACCCAUUUCGACAGUGACGAUGGUUUACUAACCGCAUUUCUGAACAAUAUAGAUGAACAUCAAUCGUUUUGGUCAGACCCUGAAAAUGAUCUAGACACAAUAUUCACCAAACUAGGCACCUUGCUAGCCAGUGCCAGAACGCGCGAUCGUGGUUUAAGAAUUCUCAUCCACCUGCUGCCCGACUGCCCGCUGGAUCUGAUCGAGGAAAAGGCUCAGUUCUAUCUGAACACUUGCACAAAAGUAUGCGACCAGCGUGGGCCAACGCAAACAUUGCCACUGGUGUACAAACUUCUUCAGCAGCUGUUACAUCGCUCCCUGGGCUCGACCGAGCUGCACAAGCUGUUUGUCAGCAAUCUGGCCAAAAUCCUCGAAUCCGUCGGGCCCAAGCUAGAACCGUCGGCGGUCCCAUCGGCAUUGAGCUUCCUCGAGUUGGCCAUGCAGCAUUAUGCUGGUGCUUGUGGGCCGUUGAAAAGUCGCAUCGAGACGUUCCUUUACUCGCUGGUCGAUUCUACCGAUCGGUUCGUGGUCAACCGUACGGCCAACUGUUUGCUGCUGCUGCAGCAAAUCCGAGGCGGAGGACAACACGGUUCGCUGCAUAAGAAAACUUGGGAAGAGUACUAUCUGAAGCUGAUUGACACGAUACACGAUCUGUUGAAUCAAAUCUUUGCCCACACGCCGGAAACGUUUGACGAGGAGGAAAACCUUGAGUGUUUGAAGCUGCCUGACAUUAGAACCACCGGAAAUCCUAUCCGUAAAGCGCACUUGAUCGCGAUACGCGCUUGCAAUCUAAUUACCUUUCUUGAUCAAGCCAUUGUAGGUGCGUACCCGGUGGGGAAGCCAAUCACCCCGUUUAAAGCGUUAAAUCUUGUACUUCGUGGGCUGUCCGUAUCCUGUGAAGCGAUGGGCAAAAAUCCGAUUGCGGAAAACAUUGCAUUCGGUGCGUUUUUACCGUCCAUGCACUACGGGCUGUUGGAGGUGUUGGACGGGCUAGUGCUGGCCCUCGGCACCAAUAUGCUGAUGUUUGGUGACACGAUUUGCGAGAUGUUCUCCAAGUGUCUCCGAGCGACCCAGAGCAACAGCCACGACUUGGAAGGUGCGAAAAAAUCAUUCAUCCGCUUGCGAACGAAAAUCUACGACAGCGUACAGCUGUGGUGUGAAAAGAUGCGGUACGGCAGUAACAUCGAGAUGGUAAACGAAGCCCUGCUGGAACAGAUAAUGCGCGACAUUACGCCGUACGAGAGCGAGGUAACGCUCAAGAUGGGUGCCACCAGCAACAAGCGAUUGUCGGCCAGAGCAAAGAGAAAGCUGCAGAAGGAGCAAAAUGCUGCAACCGCACUUAACCAGAACCACUCUAGUGGUAGUGCAACGGCAGAAAACAAGGAGCUGUUUAUUGAUCAUGGCAACGAGCCACUGUGCUGUGCUGCUUUGGCCUGUUUGACCGCUCUGCUGCAGUCCGCCGGGUGUUUCAUCAAACCCGUCACUCACAAACUAUUGCAGGAGAAAAUCGUUCCGCUGUGUUUUACGCUGGUAACCAACCACCAGCUAACCGGGCUGUACGGCGAUGCCCAGGUGCGUGUAGCUCUACUCCGUGCCUUUGCCGCUCUGAUUGUGAAUCCACACCACCACUGUCCACCGCCGCUGCAAUAUGCCAGCUAUAUUUUCAACACGCUGCAAACAACGGACUCCAGUGCGACCGUUCGGUCGGUGGCUGCAGAACUGGCCCGCACGAUGGAACUGGUGGUACAUCCUUGGAAGGAAACACUGUACUUCCCCGCGGACAAGUCCGCCAUUAAGGAUGCAUUAGCGAACAAGGACAAUCACCCGCUGGCGAUGUUCACCGUGAAGCAGGUGGUUGUAACGAAUGGUACCAACGGAGUGCACGAUUCCUCUGAUGUGAUAAUUCCAUCAGUCGCAGAACCGGCAACUGCUACUUCGCCGGUAAAAGCUGCCAGUGCUCCUAGCGAGCCGGCCGUUGAACCAGCAUACGAAAGUGAAGGUGAAAUUAACGAAUCACUAGCCGUAACAGAAGCGAGCGACGAGUCAUUUAUUGACGAAGAAGGACAGCAAACGACGGACGAACCUGUUGGAUGGGUAGAACAUGUAAGCGAGUCCUCGCUAGAUGAUACAGCAGAGGAAAAGACAAACGCAAUCGCCAAGAUCCCCGACGAUACAGAAUGUUAUGAUGCAGGAACUAUUCAUCCAAUCGAUGAUGAUGACAAUGAUGAUGGGAAAACGAGUGAAUCCGCCGUGGUGGCGGUGCUGGACAGUGAUGAGGAACAGGGACAAGCACAGAAUGUGGAACAGGAGGAUGAUGAUGUGAUGGAAGUGCCAAUUGACGUAGAGCUAUCUGCACCUAAAACCAACAGUGAAAAGAAUAAUUUGAAACAUUCAAUCGAAAUAAUUGACGAUGAUAACAGCAGCGUGUCGGCGAAGAAGGCCAAAAUGUUGGGGCAAGACAGCUGUAACGGAAACACCGGUAAAACAAAGAACAUCGACGACAUCGUUGAGGAAAUGGUAGCCGAGUUCGUUGACGAACCAUAAGUUGGUUAUUAAUUCCGCUAAGCUUUAGUAGGAUCGAAUGAAUUAUGAAGUUUGGGAUACGUUAAAAUCAUAAUGUUUGUUUGUGUAUCUUGAAAUAAGCACAUCCUGAAUAAAAAAUACUGCUCUAGCAACUAUACAA